AACGUAAAAAGAGGCGUGUUUUGUCUAGUGUUGUUAUGCAACGUUACAGUAGCUAUAUAACUCUACUUAAAAUAAUGAUCCAGCUAACUAGCUAGCUACCUAAAGAUGUCAUUUUACAGAAGCGCCGUUUGGUUCGUUAAAGGACUUCAAGAAUACACAAAAAGCGGAUAUGAAGCAGCAGCUAAGCAGUUUAAUACUGGGGACCUGGACGUGAACCUGAGUGGCAGGUCUUUUGUAAUCACUGGGGCCAACAGCGGCAUUGGAAAAGCUACAGCCCAUGAAAUAGCCAAAAGAGGAGGGAUUGUCCACCUGGUGUGUCGUAACAAGGAACGGGCACAGGAGGCGAAAGAGGAGAUAGUGGAACAUAGUAAAAACCAGAAUGUCCAUGUUCACAUCGUUGACAUGUCCAGUGCAAGACAAGUGUGGGAGUUUGCUGAGAGCUUCUCAAAAAGCAACAGCAUUCAUGUACUGAUCAACAAUGCAGGGUGUAUGGUAAACCAGAAAGAGCUGACAGAGGAAGGUGUAGAGAAGAACUUUGCUACUAACACUCUCGGUACCUUCAUCCUAACCACAGCGUUGAUACCAGCCCUGAAACAGGCACAGGACCCACGAGUGAUCACAGUGUCUUCAGGGGGCAUGCUGGUCCAGAAGAUGAAUGUAGAUGACCUGCAGUCUGAGAAGGGGACGUUCGACGGCACUAUGGCCUACGCUCAGAAUAAAAGACAACAGGUGAUACUGACCGAGAGAUGGGCGUCCCAGCAUAAAGAGAUCCACUUCUCAUCAAUGCACCCUGGCUGGGCUGAUACUCCAGCUGUCCAGUUGUCCAUGCCUGACUUCCAUGCUAAGAUGAAGAACAAGCUGCGUACGGAGUCCAUGGGGGCCGACACGGUGGUGUGGCUGGCCAUCUCAGCAGUGGCCUCCAACCAGCCAAGUGGACUCUUCUUCCAGGACCGAAUGGCGGUGCCCACACACCUUCCGCUGGCUUUAUCCAGGUCCUCUCCAGCCGAUGAGGAGAAGCUGCAGGCAAUACUGGAGCAGCUCGCACACAAGUUCAAACCUUGACCUCUCCUACAGCGGUCAAAAGGUUAUGAACAGACAGACCCUCCAGCCCACGUGUCCGUUGACAAACACUCCUCAUUAUAGAUAUGCACUGUAUAUAGCGGUAAUAUUUUUACAACCAUUUUCUAUUUAUGAUGAUAAUGAUCUGUAAAUGGAUUGCUUGCUAUUGCUAAGAUCAAAGUGUAGCCACACAGAACAUUUUAAUGGCUCAUGUUUGGGGUAGCGGCCUUCACUGGUCAUUCUGAAAUGGACCUGCGGCUUUCCCAUCCAGACCUGAUAUGCAUAAAUUUCUCCAAAAAAAAUAGAGGCCCGUUCCCGAAAGGACCCGUGGACAACUAGACCCGUUCCGUAUAGACCCGGAGCUGAUAAAAAGGGGAGGUAGAGAGAGGUGACGCUCUAGCAGGGGCCGUGCUGUGUGUGUGAGCGAAUGACAUGAGGAGGAAGGAGAGAAACUGCAACCAACCAGUUGUAUUAGUACUGUACAAAGUUAGAGGUGCGCUAUUUGAUAGAUUUCCCUGCUCCCCCUACCUCGGGCUUCCAGUGGGGAUACCUGAGUCAACCUACCCCCGCCCCCUCCCCAUCUUGUACUUCUGAGUGUGAAACCUUCCCAGGCAGUUGCCUGCCUAGCUCACAAACUAGAAUCAGGGCGCCCACUCCCACACGGUGACAUGAUAUCAUUGACGUGACGUGCAAAUGAGCGAUAGAAAACCGUUCGCGCAAAUGUCACCAUUCGGACUAUUAUUAUUCAAAUUAAAUUGUGCGGCCGCCCCCGCAAGAUGCUGGCCAUAUCGCCUAUGCCUAAAUCCGCCACUGAACACAUGGUUUCCAGGUGUUUGAUGCCAUCCCAUGCUCUGUUCCGGCCAUUAUUAUGAGCCGUUCUCACCCUAAGCAGCCUCCACUGCUCCAUUCGGAAUAUAAAGUAGCAGCCUACCUGUGGGCUCUUUGUCGUUGUAGCCUAUCCUUCUCCUUUUAACUUAAUUCCACUUUAAUUCAAUCUUCUUUUGAUUGAACAAGCUACACGCGCCUCUCUCGUGAAGAGCAGCUGCAUACAUUAUACCAUUUCUCUCUACUGCAGCAGUCGCGUUCAGAUCUCUAUGGGUCAUUCUGGACAAGUCAGUUAACAUUACACAUACCCGAGACCAGUGACAAUCAGAUCCAACCCAGACCCGUGACAUUAUUUAGAAUUCUGGAUCUGGACCCGUUCAGGUCCUGGAUCGGGUAUCAGGAAUUCGGGUACAGGGGGAUCUGUGAAGACCUCUAGUUUGGUGUCAUCUGAUGCUUCAUAACUUUUUACACCAUACUACUUCCCUCUAAAAUUCUUCUACAAAGGCUUCUCCAUUAGCUUGAAUCUUGCAUACUAUGUACAGUUCAGUACUAAUACAGUACAUAGUGAUUACGUCAGAACUUCUAUGGAAACUGGACCUUCCGUUUCAGAAUGUGCUGUAGCCAGGCUUAGGUUGAUGGAUGAAUAAAUCAUGUUUUACUCAGAUUUAGCAGUGUAUACUGUCCACAGCAUUUUUACAAAAUCAAAUGUUAUUGGUCAUAUACACAAAGGUUUUCAUCAGGGUUUAACAAGGGCUGAUGUUCAAAGGUGCUUCUGGCUGUUGUCAGCAGUAAUAGUGCCAUUACUGUUUUGUAUUCUGUUUAUUAUUAGUUUACUGUAAAGCCAGAACAAACAGUCAGUCUUUAUUUGACUUGUCCAGAGAAUCGUUGAGAUACUGUUCUUAAAGCUACAUGUUGUUUGUCUUGUUUUACGCAGUUUAGUACUUUGACAUACUUUCUUUAAAAUUAUUUUAUCCUUGUUAAUCAAACCAGGACCUGUGAGCAGAAAUGUGUUUUAUUAAGAGCACAAAUAAAGCCGAGGCUAUUAUUACACUUUUUAUUAACAUACCACUGUACACACUCUAGUGUAGAAUGUCCGGUGCAUUAAAAACAGUUAAUCAACUUCAAGUAAAUAAUAAAAGGCACCAAUAAAUAUUUCAAUCUUAUAUUUUCA